CGGUUGCCAGACUGUGAAGCUGUGUCUAUAACAGGUGACCGUUUCUGUGUGUACUAUUACAUUUUAUGGCUUCAAACAUUUACCAACUAAGAUUAGCGGUCAGUGCACACUGUAAGUGCGCAACAUAUACAGACAAAUAAUUAGACGAACAUUUGCAGAGACAUUAUGGCUGGAAAAGGCGGUUUGGCGAAACUGGACGUGGGUGUUUUGAGCGCUGAGCAGCAAGAGCAACUACGGCAGUUUAAGAUCAAGACGAGAGUCGACAACGAGAAGUAUUUGAGGUCGCACCCAGAAGUAGAAGUAUUAAUAAGUGAAUUUCUACGAGAUGUGCUGCUUAAAAGACCUCCUGAAAUCCGUGAGUUUGCUGCAGAUCACUUCACCAACCCAGACCUUCAUGUGGUUAUUGGUUCCAAAAUGGAAGGAAACAGUGACCUGGAGUGAAAUGCACCCAACAGUCACGAUGCUUCUCCUCUGUUGUCUUUCUCCGUACUGAGCAACAUAUGUGUGGACUCUGUUUUAGUAAUAACAACGACACCGAGACGUUUGUGUCAGCCCACAAGUUGUACAGUUGACAGCAUUAUUGUCAGAUUGCCAUCAUCCCUAUGCAGGAAGACAGCUAAUAAGGGAGAUGGCAACGGCUGUUCCUAAUGAGUGUGAUUAAAGGUUAAUGAAAAGAGGAUGCCCUGUGGGUGUUACGCAUACUGUACACUGUGCUGUUUGUCACAUCACCAACAUGGUUGUGAAGGUGACAUGGUGAAGGCUGGAGUUGGUGUUCACUGCUUGCAACUACCCUUUCCACCAGAAAGAGUCUUUCUGGUCUGCACAGCUGGCCCAGUUGUUGAGUGGACAUACUGUAGUCUACACUGACCUGGAUAUAGGCUCAACUACACAGACAAAAGAUAAUAUUUACUUCACUUGUUUAUUUUAUGAUGAAGCUGGAAACAGUUUUUCUCUAAAAAAAAUAACAUUCUUUCUUUGGUGUUGUUUUGUUAUCUCAUUUCCCUUUUUUUUAUAAACAUAUUCAUUUUUGUGCCAUUUGAAAAUAAAAUUGAUAGAUUGAUAGAUUUACAUAUUUGUUGGAUUUACCUACUUCUGUAAUGGCCUUAUCAUUCAGAUAUUAAGGCCAUUGAUUCCGUUCGAUAUUAAAGAGUUGCUUUUGUAUGUUUGGUCGCUUUUUGCACAGAGAGUGUAAACAGGGCUUUUACUGUGUGGUUAUCUUCAGAUUUAUUUGGACAGUGCAGCUCUGUAUUGGGUUUUGGUGAAUGGAUUUUAUCAGCCCCUCAAAAAAAAUUUCUAGCUGUCAUUUGAAACAAGGUCUGCGAUCUGAGGUAUAACCAUGACACCUUUUUAAUAGAACCUCAAAAAUAAAUGCUCAUCCGAUCAAGACUCAUUCCUUUAUGAUCUAUUGUUAGCUUAUCUCUCAGCAUUGUGUAUCAUUGUAUCAGAUUUUCAAGAUCAGAGUAAAAGCUGUAUUUUACAUAUGAUGAGAAUACACGAUCAUUAUAGGAUUUCCUCACCUUUCUCUAACACUAGUGUGUUAAUUUCAUUGUUGCAUCAAUUAAAAUGGACAUCUCAAAACAUUCA